CACAAAUUUACGUCACUCUGCCAUUCCAAAACGGCCCGCGAAGAAACCAAAAACAGAAACAACACACCGAAAACGAGACUGAAAAAUGGAGUAAAAGUGCCUCUGCAACAAUUGACCCGAACAACAAAUUAACAUUCAUCAAAGGUUAUAAACCAUUUUCUCUUUUCACCAAAUCCUAUUCUUUUCCCAAAAAAAAAAAAAGAACUUUUUAAACCCUCCUGAAAUCAAAUUCCAGCAUAGGGACAAUUUGGAUCUUCAGUUUCUCACAUUCUUUGAUCAGAUCGCCAUUGUAAUGUAAACAACAAACAUAAUUACGUAAAGGGUCUCUUAAUAACCAAAACUCUUUGAAUAAUUCGAUGUCUUGGGGAUUGGGUUGGAAGCGGUCAUCAGAUGUAUUUCAUCUCACAUUAAGCUAUGGUGAAGACGAGGCAUUAGAUGAGUCCACACCCACGUCAUCAAGAUCGUCAUCAUCGGCAUCGACGUUCUUGGGAUCAUCCCCGUCGGCGGGGGCGGCGGAGGGUCAAGAAGAGAAUAAUAUUAAUAACCAAGAAGAGGAGUUAUUAGGGUUUAGGGUGGAAUUAGAUUGGAAUGUGGGGGAUGAUGAGGAUCAAGUGGCUUUAAAAUUGCAGUCACAGGUUAUGGUGGCAUUGCCUUUACCGCAAGACACUGUGGAAAUUGAAUUCAAGGAGAAAACUGAAAAUGAAAAUGGAAAUGGUGAUGUGGAGGAGGAUAUAACAGGUGAGGUGGCUGUGGAAAUGAGGGUCGUGAAAAGGAGAGAGCCAUUGAAAGGUGUGAUGAUGUGGCGGGUGGGUAGUUCGAGCCAGCAGAGUGAUGGGAUGGGGGUGUUGUCGAGGUUGAUGAGGUCGAAUUUCGCCAAUGGGGUCGGGUUAGGAGGAAAUGGGGAAGGCGUGCCCGUGGGUUGUGCUGAUCAUUGGAAGAGUGUUACUGUUGUUAGUCUAUGUGGUCUUGGACUAAUGGUGCUGCCAAUAGAGAUAACCCAGCUGCCUCUUCUCGAAAGGCUAUAUCUUGAUAACAAUAAGCUAUCAAAUUUGCCACCUGAGCUUGGUGAACUGAAAUGUUUGAAAGUUCUUGCCGUGGACUACAACAUGUUAGUCUCUGUCCCUGUUGAACUAAGAGAGUGCACUGGGCUAGUUGAAUUAUCGCUAGAACAUAACAAGCUGGUCCGACCUCUUCUCGAUUUCAGGGCAAUGACAAAGUUACGUGUUUUGAGGCUUUUUGGUAAUCCUCUUGAAUUUCUUCCUGAUAUUUUGCCACUCCAGAAGGUUCGCCACUUAUCUCUUGCAAACAUAAGGGUUGUGGCAGAUGAUCAGUUACGAUCAGUGAAUGUGCAGAUGGAGACGGAGAAUAAUUCUUACUUUAUUGCAUCUCGGCAUAAAUUGAGUGCCUUCUUCUCUCUUAUAUUCCGUUUCUCUUCCUGUCAUCAUCCCCUGCUAGCUUCCGCCCUGGCAAAAAUAAUGCAAGAUGAGGGGAAUCGUGUAGUUGUUGGGAAAGAUGAGAACGCUGUAAGGCAACUCAUAAGUAUGAUCAGUAGCGACAAUCAGCAUGUGGUAGAACAAGCUUGCUCCGCACUUUCUUCUCUUGCCACAGAUGUGCCUGUGGCGAUGCAGUUAAUGAAAUCAGAUAUUAUGCAACCCAUAGAAAGAGUACUAAAAUCUGCUGGUCCUGAGGAAGUCAUCUCUGUGUUGCAAGUUUUGGGCAAAUUGGCGUUUGCAUCAGAUAUUGUAUCUCAAAAGCUGCUGACAAAGGACAUAUUGAGAUCAUUGAAACUUUUGUGUGCUCACAGAAAUCCAGAGGUGCAAAGACUAGCUUUACUUGCAGUUGGUAACUUAGCAUUCUGCUUGGAAAAUCGUCGCAUUCUAGUUACUUCAGAAAGUUUAAGGGAACUGCUAUUGCGGUUGACAGUUGCAUCAGAGCCACAAGUCAGUAAGGCUGCGGCUCGCGCUUUGGCAAUUCUAGGGGAGAAUGAGAUUCUACGGCGUGCUAUAAGAGGGAGACAGGUCCCAAAGCAAGGGUUGCGCAUACUUUCAAUGGAUGGUGGUGGCAUGAAAGGGCUGGCAACUGUGAGAAUCCUUAAGGAGAUUGAGAAAGGUACUGGGAAGCACAUACAUGAACUAUUUGACCUCAUUUGUGGCACGUCAACUGGUGGUAUGCUUGCUGUUGCUCUUGGGAUCAAACUGAUGUCUUUGGAAAAAUGUGAAGAAAUAUACAAAAAACUUGGCAAACUUGUGUUUGCCGAACCUGUUCCCAAGGACAAUGAAGCAGCAACAUGGAGAGAAAAGUUGGAUCAACUCUACAAGAGCUCAUCUCAGAGUUUCAGGGUUGUUGUACAUGGAUCUAAACACAGUGCAGAUCAGUUUGAGAGAUUGUUAAAGGAGAUGUGUGCUGACGAGGAUGGGGAUCUUCUGAUAGAGUCAGCAGUUAAAAGGAUUCCUAAAGUUUUUGUGGUUUCGACUCUGGUCAGUGCGACACCAGCUCAACCCUUUAUUUUCCGCAACUAUCAGUACCCUCCCGGGACACCAGAAAUCCCCCUUGCGGUCACUGAGAAUUUGGCUACUGCUGGCCAAGGAGCAGUAAGCGAUCCAAUUCAAGUUGAACAUAAGCGAAAUGCUUUCAUGGGAAGCUGUAAGCAUAGGAUAUGGCAAGCCAUAAGAGCAUCAUCUGCUGCACCUUAUUAUCUUGAUGAUUACUCUGAUGAUGUAUACCGCUGGCAAGAUGGUGCAAUUGUUGCCAACAAUCCUACCAUUUUUGCCAUACGAGAAGCACAACUAUUAUGGCCAGAUGCACGGAUUGAUUGCUUAGUCUCAAUUGGUUGUGGUUCUGUUCCCAUGAAGGUCCGCAAAGGUGGCUGGCGUUACCUUGAUACUGGCCAAGUGUUGAUAGAGAGUGCAUGCUCAGUUGACCGGGUGGAGGAAGCUUUAAGUACAUUGCUUCAACUGCUUCCUGAUGUGCACUAUUUUCGGUUCAAUCCAGUUGAUGACCGAUGUGGUAUGGAGCUAGAUGAGACGGACCCUGCUGUCUGGUUAAAGUUAGAGGCCGCAACAGAUGAGUACAUUCAAAACACCUCUGUUGCUUUUAAGAAUAUUUGUCAAAGAUUGUUAGAGAGGCCACAUGAUGAGAAAUUUUCAGAUAAUUUCAAGUCCCAUCAGUUUCUCAAAUCGAAGAAUUCUAAAACUGAUGAGAGCAGUCCUUCUUUAGGUUGGAGGCGGAGCGUGCUACUUGUCGAGGCCUCAAAUAGUGCAGAUGCUGGAAGAGUCUUUCAUCAUGCUCGCUCACUUGAGUCAUUUUGUGCUCAUAAUGGAAUAAAACUCAGUCUUUUCAGUGGCAUAUCAGGCACUCAGAAAGCAACUCCAGGAUCAACUUUUCCGACACCUUUUGCUUCACCAUUGUUCACUGGGAGCUUCCCUUCAAGCCCUCUCUUAUACAGUCCUGAUAUUGGGGCUCAUAGGGUUGGUAGAAUUGAUUUAGUUCCACCACUAAGCUUGGAUGGAUUACAAUCUGCGAAAACAACUGCCUCGCCGCCUGAGUCUCCUCGAAAGCGUCGACAGCUUUCAUUGCCUGUGCAUUCUUUGUAUGAGAUGCUAAAGAAUUCACCUCAGGUUGGAGUUGUGCACUUGGCUCUACAAAAUGAUACAUCUGGCUCUGUACUGAGUUGGCAGAAUGAUGUAUUCGUGGUUGCCGAACCUGGAGAACUAGCCGAUAAGUUUCUGCAGAGUGUCAAGUUUAGCUUGCUGUCAAUGAUGCGGGGCCGCCGGAGAAAGUAUGCAUCAGCUAUCACGGAUAUCUCAACCGUUGCUGAUCUUGUUAAAUGUAGGCCAUGCUUCCAAAUAGGUGGUGUAGUCCACCGGUAUAUUGGGCGUCAGACGCAGGUCAUGGAAGAUGACCAAGAAAUUGGUGCCUAUAUGUUUCGUAGGACCGUUCCUUCAAUGCAUUUAACCUCAGAAGAUAUUCGGUGGAUGAUUGGAGCAUGGAGGGAGAGAAUUAUAAUCUUCACUGGUUUCUAUGGCCCUAGCCAACCUCUAAUCAAGGCUUUUCUAGAUUCAGGAGCUAAAGCUGUUAUAUGUCCUUCCACUGAGCCUGAUGAAGCGCAGUUGUCUACAUUUCACGGGUCAGGUGAUUUUAAUUCUUUUGAUAAUGGGAAGUUUGAAAUUGGCGAAGAAGAAGGAGAGGAUGAUGAUACUGAACCUUCUAGUCCAGCAAGUGACUGGGAAGAUAGUGAACCAGAGAAAAGUGAAGGACGCUCUCAAUUCAUUUGGGAUGAUGAUGAGGGGGAGUUGUCCCAGUUCAUAUGUCAGUUCUAUGAGUCUCUUUUUCAGGGUGGUUCAAAGAUAGAUGAUGCAUUACAACAUGCUCGUGCCUCACAUCGAAGCCUAAGAUAUUCAUGCCAUCUUCCCAGCGUACCAUAGUUCAUUGGUCCUCUCUGGCUUGGAUAGUCCCAAGGGAGGCGCGAGUCAGCUAAUGCUUUUGCUGACUGCAUGUUGUUGCUUGAGUAGCGGGCAUUUGCAUGGUCUCCUCAUUAUUCCAUACUUUGUAGAGAAGAAUUAUACUUGUACAAGCAAAUUAAAGGAAAAGGAUAGAAAGAAGCAAGCGUGGCGAGAGAAAAAAUCAGUAGAAAUGAGUAAUAAUUAUUUAAAGAAGCGAGAGAAAAAUCCAAUUUUGAGGCUCUGAACUAAUUGUUAUGUUCUUAGUCAUUGAUGGAUAUCUUUGUUUU